GUGAAUAAUCACAACAGCACAUCGGCUCAGUUUCCAAACAGUUGCAGUGUGGUAGUCCAAUGAUAAUUACUUUUUUUAAGGAUCUGAUAUUCAAUCAACAAAAAAUGACCGACCGCGGGGCUACGAAGAUGGAAUUCGCUGCCCAAAUUCGUGGGGAUGCAUGUGUUGCUGCGAUAAGAGAAACCUUACCAGAGGCAGAAAUUGAUGUGAAAAAAGGCAGCGUACUGAUCGAAACCACCCUUCCCUGGCUGGAGGUUCACAAACGCAUUGAGGCAACUGGACGACGAGCCGUACUAACGGGCUUCGGUGGACAGUCUGCUGUGGCAGAGGUAAACCACGGUAAUGAGUCUACCAACGUACGUGGUGUAGUGCGAUUUUGUACCCUUUCCAAUGAUUCCACGCAAAAAGGGGCCGUGGUAGAUGGGACAAUCGAUGGUUUAACACGUAACGGACGCUAUCAGCUGAACGUCCAUGAGUGUGGGGAUAUUUCCGAUGGAUGUAACUCGGUGGGUGAUAUUUUUGACUCCAAACAGAUUACCUCUGAUGUUAAUGGCAGGGCUACAAUAAGAUUCGUUAACGAGCAACUGGAAGUUAAUGAUUUAAUUGGGCGCUCUGUUGUGAUUACCGAGUCGGCAGGUGAACAACGCAGGCUCAGCUGCGGUAUCAUAGCUCGAUCGGCGGGUAUAUUUCAAAACUAUAAGAAAAUCUGCGCCUGCGAUGGGGUAACUAUCUGGGAUGAGCGAGACAAGUCUAUUGCAGCAGAAAAAGAACGAGUAACAGAGCGAUCAUCUCUAUAAAAGUGAUAUCAUAAGAUCAUGAGAUACAGGUCAUACAAAAAUAAUUAAAUCGGGUUUAACACACGUACGCUGUGAAUGAUUGUAAAGGGUGUGGUACUUCAAUAAACACAUUUUAUUUAAUGCCU